AACCAAACCUAUAAAUACACCUUGUUUUUUCUUCAUUCAUUCAUUACUAUUUUUCGCUUUUCAAUUUCACAAUAAAAAGACACAAAAUAUUCAGAAUCAAUCUAUGGCGUCUGGUGGAACAGAAGCUUUCCCAGAUUUGGGUAAACACUGUCAACUUCUCGAUUGCCACCAGCUCGAUUUCCUUCCUUUCACCUGUGAUGGUUGCAAACAGGUAUUCUGUAUAGAACACAGAUCAUACAAGUCUCAUGAUUGUCCCAAACCAGACCACAACAGCCGAAAAGUAGUUGUUUGCGAAGAAUGUUCCAUGUCAAUGGAGAUAACAAACGAUGUUGGAGAAAACGAAGAGACGAUCUUAAAGAAACACCAUAGUUCAGGAAAGUGUGACCCUAGCAAGAAGAAGAAACCGAUUUGUCCCGUGAAGCGUUGCAAGGAGAUUUUGACGUUUUCGAACACGAGUACAUGUAAAACUUGCAACAUUAAAGUUUGUCUCAAGCAUCGUUUUUCUGCUGAUCAUGCCUGUAGAAGAGGAGAUUCAGCUUCUUCUUUAACUAGUGGUACUGGUAAUGAAAGUUGGGAAAAUAGGUUUAUGGCUGCUUUAGCUUCAAGGAGUAAUGGUCAAGAUUGUGGCAAAAAAGCUGGAUCUCGUUCUACUGCUAAUUCUCCUCCUAGUACUCCUUCUGUUAAAGCUUGUUGAUUCUUGUUGUUUCAUGUGUAAUAUGUUGAAUGAUACAUUGCCUUUAAGUGCAAUUUCAAUGUUCAAACUUACAUUUAAUAUAUAAAAAUUAUCACAUACAAUCUCUUUUA